GUUGAUCUGCAAGACCGAGUAGUUUCUAGAGAUGAAGCAAACAAAUGGUGUUCAGAUUAUCUGAGUGCUCCUUACGUCGAAACUAGUUCUAAAACAGAUAUGAAUAUAGAGACUGCAUUUACUUUAGCUGUUGAAGUUUGGGCUUCAAYAGAAAGGCCUUCCGAAUUAAAAAUAUCACAURCCAAUUCAGUUAAAUUAUCUAGACCAAUCAAUGGUAGUGCUGCUUGUCCCACAGCUGAAAUAGUGACACCUAAGUGUUGUUGAAAUUAUUAUGUAAUAACUUGUGCAUUUUGACAUACAAUUUUUGUAACUAGAUUAUAGCAAUACAUUAU